GCCGAAGCUCUCCUAAAUGUUGUUCAGAAGUUUUUCAGCAACUGGAUCCAAAUUGAGACCUUCUGUACAGGACCUAGCUCUAGAUGUGUUGCCUCUAUCGCUGGCUUUGCCUGAAGUCGAGCGUCUCAUUCAAGAUUUUAGAAUACCACUCUAUAAAGGGUUUUAUCUAAUUGAAGAAGCUAUCCAAUUUGCUCAACAGUAUCUUGGAGACAGCUUUUUCAUUAGCCCUCAUCUUUCUCCAGAUUUGCAGGAACCUUCAGGAGAAAUCGUGAAGACCACCUUAGCCCCACUGGCGGGUGGAAGACAAAUAAAAUGGUAUCAGAGCUUUUUCAUUUACAUAUGGUCGCGUGUCCUGUUCUUCCUCUUCCCCGACCCUCUGCAGCCGACGAGCCCCAGCCAUCGUCCCCCUUUUUCUGACCGGGAACACCGGCAAAAACGCGGAGAAUUCUCCUUCUUUCUUGUUCUAGGGUUGGAAGUGAACCCAGAAAUCCCCCUCCAUUCUGCAGAUUUUCGGAUCUGCUCUGCUCUGCUCUGUCCUUCCGCGAGUAGCUCUUGUCGGUGGAGUGCUUCCCGGUUUUUUGGUAAGGGAACGACUAAGAAUCAUCCCUUUAGCCUUAAUUCAAGUUGGGUUACUCUGAUUGUGUUGUGGGUUCUUGAAUUUUGAGGUUUGCCGUGAGUUCCUCCAUUUCUCUCCCCGUCGGCUUCCUUCCCAGCCGGACCCGGUGCUGCUCGCCGGAGUUUCCUGGUAUGAUGGACAGCCUUUUUAUGUCUAAUUAUCAAUUAAGUAUUGUCCAUUUAGUUGCUUGUGUUGUCCGAGAUUGUGCUAGAAUUAUGGGAUGAUUUUGGGUAGCAUAAAACAUGUUUUAAGCUUGGUUGAGGUAGAAAUUUCUUGAUUUAGUUGCUGUGUGGUUUAUAGGGAGAAGAUCCCGUGUGUGUGAGUUGUGGUUUGCCAAGCCAUGCUCUCCAUGUGUUGCCCGUGAGUAAAUGGGAGAAUUUGAUGUGGUAUUAUGGGGGUUAAGUACCAGCUAUUGGGAAAGGAUUAAAUGUGUUGUUUUAGAUGAGUAUUAAUUUUGGGAAAUGUUUUGAUUAGGUACUAAUUAUUCUGCACUCUAGCACUUGGGAUUAGUGUUCUGUUGGUGCGAGUGAGGUAGUGAUACCCGACACAUAAGGAACCGGGGGAGUGACGAGCUAGACGGCUAGGCGUUAUUUGGGACUUAGAUCUUUUGGAGUUAAGCUGCUAGUCUCACAUGGUUGAUAGAAAUAACCAUUUUUGUGUACAAAGUUCCCUUGGUUAUAGCCAUAACUGUUUACAAACUUUGUAUGUCUGGAAUGGUAAAAUUUUUGUAAUGAAAAGUUAGAUUUUACUUGAGUUUCAGAUUUGAAUUAUUCGAAUUGGAAACUAAGAACUCAGUCAGUUCCGAGCCUUGUGCAUUUGUGGGACCCGUCUCACGAGUGCACGGCGUCUGUCGCGCCUCGAAUUCGGGUU